GGAGGGGGCGGCAGCAGGGCCAACCCAGCGGGAAAAUCCCCGGGCUCCGAGGGCGUCUACGGCAACUCGCGGAUGCUGCACGUGCUGACGGCCGGCGUGGGCUCCACGGCCGAGGUUCGCGUUCGGAGCGGCCGAACCUUCGAGGGGAUCUUCAGAACCCUGAGCGCCCAGUUUGAGCUGGCCCUGGACGCCGUCCAUCGCCGCCGCCCCUCCCCCGGCCCGGGGCCGCCGCCCCUCCCCCGCCGUGAGGAGCUCGUGGACACGAUGGUGUUCAAACCGCUGGACGUGGUGGUGCUGACGCUGCGUGACGUCAUCUGCGCCAGAAACGAGCAGCUGCCGGGCGGGGCCGGGCCCAGGCUCAACGGGGAGCACCGGGAGAAGGUUCUGGAACGCUGGGACGGCGGCGACGGCAGCGACGACUACGAGCUCGACUCGGACCUGUCCAACGGUUGGGACGCCGUGGAGAUGUUUCGCUUCAACGAGGAGAACUACGGCGUGCGCAGCACCUACGACUCCAGCCUGGCCGCCUACACGGUGCCCCUGGCCCGUGAGGACAGCGCCUCCUGGCGGCAGCGCCUGGCCCGAGCGGCCGCCCUGGCGCGGGAGAUCGAGGCCCUGCCCGGGCAUCGCCUGCGGGCGGCGCUGGAGGACCAGGAGGCCGAGGGGGGGCGGAGCCUGCGCCAGGCCACGCCCCCACCCGCCGCGGCCACGCCCCCGCCCGCAGCGGCCACGCCCGGCCCUGGCCACGCCCACUCGGGAUCAGGGAGGGAGAGCCCAGGAGGGGGCGCCGCGCACAGGGAGAAGCCGCCGCCCCUCCCCCCUUUUGGUUCAUUUGAUGUUUUUGGGGCAAUUUGA